AUAAUUCAGUAAAGGAGAUGGGGAGUAGAAACGGGGCGGGUAUGGUGGAUCCGAAAUUAUAACAAAGUGGUGGGCGUUUUGUGUGAUGAACCUAUGUUUGGCGGCGGAGUAAGGUGGCUACGCUCCUCGGAGCGAUUCAAGUUUCUGGCGAAGUCAUUCUCCAGCAACGCCAGAACCCGUUAUUCCUUUUGUACAACAACUAAAAACAGUAACAACAACGGCGACAACAAAAACAUCGUCGCCGACGAAAGGUAUCGGCAGCUGGAGAAUCUCGACAUGGUGACUGCCGCUAAGAUCCUUUUCACCGAUCCCCCUAAGAAGAAGAAGUUUGGGUUUGAUUUCCAUCUUGUACAGUUUUUUUUUGCCUGCUUGCCUUCCUUGGCUGUGUAUUUGGUGGCACAAUAUGCUCGUUAUGAAAUAAGAAAAAUGGAGGCGGACGUUGAGAAGAAAAAGAAGCAGAAGGAAGAAGAAGAAGCAAAGGAAAAAGAAAAAGAAAUGGAACUAAAUCCCCCAGAGGAAAAGGAAGAAAAAUAUGAUCCCCAACUUUCAGAGGUGAGAGUGAGACUUGAGAAACUUGAAGAGGCUGUGAAGGAGAUUGUUGUUGGAACAGAGAAACAAUCAAGUAGCAACCUAGCAAAAAAUCAGGUGACUGAUAAUGAGAAAAAACAGUUAAGUUCUUCACCAAAAAACACUAGUCCCACUGAUUCUGCAUCAAAUAAAGCUGAUAAUGAAGACACUUUUGGUAAGCAUAAUUCUCCCAAGUCAAAGCCAGAAUUACGUGAAGAGAGUAAGGGUAUAGAUGCAACCCCAAAUUCUUCUCUUCAGGAUCCCAAAGGCCAGAGUCAAAGUGGAGGGGCUUCUUAAGGCUAUGGUCAUAUAAUGAAUGUCGAAGGGAGUAAACUUUAAAUGCGUGUUCAUCCUCUCCCUUUAAUUUGAUUUUUAGUCCUUCAACUCUUCAUCCUUCUUUUAUUUAAUUAACUCCUGUAAGUUAUAUUUUUAUGCCAAAGCUGUACGCUUUUUAGCUUUGUCUGUCUUACGUGAUGAUUAACCCGUUAAUUGAAUCCAAAAUGCUAUGCUUUUGGACUAGAACCUCUUCUUUUUCCUUCCUCCUUCAACUCUUUCUGGAUUGAGUAAACCAACACUGGACCAAAAUUCAGUCAACUCAGUGCCUUUUAUUCCUCUGUGAAUUGAAACCAGAAAAGAGUACUUUACUUUAGACUUUUGUUUGAGGCAAUAGCUGUGAGCUCGUCUAUGGUUAUGGUUGGAGACAGUUAUAAUAUUUGAGUAUAUCAAUUUCACAGGCUUGAAUGCAACUGCAAUAGUUUGGUUGGUGUGGUGGAAUGUUCAUCUUGGUUGAUUUUUGGUUUGGAUUUAAUGCUGUUAAAUGUUUCAUCAAUCACCUCUAGAUAUUCGGAAGAAAAAUUUAUGUGAGAUCAGCUGUUCAUAAUGUUUAUAGUGAGGACCUUGGAAGUCAGAAGUUGACUUCUUACGACCCUUAUGUUUUCCUUUGGGAAAAAACGUGCUCUAUCUAUAGAUUUUUUAUAAUAGGAAAUGCUCUAUUUUGGUACACCAGAACAUUU